AUGUUGACCAACCUGCUGAAGGACCUGGGCGAGGUCGGCGUGGCUGUGGGCGGCUCGGCCGCAGACAUGAAGCUGGCGGCUGACGGCAGUGGCAAGAUGGAGGAGGAGUUCACCGUGGCGCGGGACUCUACCAUCUCCAAGAUGAAGUCCGAGAUCAAGAACUUGGUCACGCGCUGCUCCUCGUUCGAGACAUUCCGAACGACUCCAACAAAAAGAUGGGACGAUGCUGAGCGUGAGCUGAGCGAAGGCCGCCUGCUGAUCCAGCAGCAGAGGCCAAGAUCAAGUCGCUACAGGAGUCAGUGCGCGACUCGGAGGCCAAAGCGCCAGCUGGAGGAGUCGCUGGACGCCAUUAACGAGGAGUGGCGCGGCUGCGCACGGCUGAGCAAAUGGCGUCGCUGUCGUCGGCGGCGCAGAAGGACGCCGAGGACGCGCCAGAUGCGCACGCAGCUGGAGGCGCAGAUCGAGCAGCAUCGCGAGGCUCACCAGAAGCAGGUGUCCGAUCUGCGGGACGAGAUCGCCGCCAAGCAGACGUUCAUCGAUCAGCUGAAGGACCUGAACCAGAAGCUGGCGCUGCAGCAGGACCAGCUGCGCGCCGACCACGACAAGCUGCGCACCGAGAACGAUGACAAAUCUCAACGGCUGCACCAGCUGCUGCAGCAGGCCGACCGGCGCGAGCAGGCGCGCGAGGACCUCAAGGGCCUGGAGGAGACUGUGGCCAAGGAGCUGCAGACACUGCACAACCUGCGCAAACUGUUCGUGCAGGACCUUCAGAACAGGUUCAAAAAGUCGGCCAUCGGCGAGGAGUCAGACGACGUGGGCGGCUCGCUGGCCCAGAAGCAGAAGAUCUCCUUCCUGGAGAACAACCUGGACCAGCUGACCAAGGUGCACAAGCAGCUGGUGCGCGACAACGCCGACCUGCGCUGCGAGCUGCCCAAGCUUGAGAAGCGGCUGCGUGCCACCAUGGAGCGGGUCAAGGCCCUGGAGACGGCGCUGAAGGAGGCGAAGGAGGGCGCCAUGCGCGACAGGAAGCGCUACCAGUACGAGGUGGACCGCAUCAAGGAGGCGGUGCGGCAGAAGAACCUGGCCCGGCGCGGUCACGCCGCUCAGAUCGCCAAGCCGAUCCGGGCGGGCCAGCCGCAUCCACCACCCGGCAUCCGUCCCGGUCAGCAGCCGUACCCGUCCGGCUUCAGCGGCCGGCCCGUGGCGGCCGGCGACGCCGACAUCGCUGCCAUGAAGGCGCGCCAGAAGAAGGCCGCCGCCGGCAACAACCGCGACGACUAA